AUGUCUGCCAUCCAGGGAAAAUGCCACUGCGGCGCUGUUGAAUACACCGCCAAGCUUGGAGACAAAUCUCAUAUCCUCUGCCACUGUGAUGCCUGCAAGCGUAUCAACGGUAGUGACUUCACUCUCAACCAAGUCAUUCCCAAGGCAGACCUUGAAAUAAAGAAGGGUGACUUAACUAAGUACACCUACAAGGGUGAUUCAGGCAACCCCGUGCACUGCUGCUUCUGCCCCACCUGCUCCACCCACAUCUAUCACCAUCAGACUGCGUUGGGCGACGACAAGUACAUCCUCCGCACGGCGUCGUUGGAAGGCAACAAGGAGUGGCCGGCCUCAGUUGAGAUAUACUGCAAGGACAGAGCAAAAUGGCAGCCAGAUGUUGCGCCAAAGGUAUGCCAGGCCGGUCCAGAGUAG